GGCUCCGCGGCCGAUUCUCGCACAGCGGAGGGGCGUCGCGAGCUUCUACUUCGGUGUGCGGUGGCAGUGCAGCUCCAGCGGGACCGCGCCGGAGCUCCCCUGGAUCCAGGACCUCAGCAGCCAUGUCGAAGCCUCACAGUGAUGUCGGCACGGCCUUCAUCCAGACCCAGCAGCUGCACGCAGCCAUGGCUGACACGUUCUUGGAACACAUGUGCCGUCUGGACAUCGAUUCACCACCCAUCACGGCCCGGAACACUGGCAUCAUCUGUACCAUCGGCCCAGCUUCCCGAUCGGUUGAGAUGCUGAAGGAGAUGAUUAAGUCUGGAAUGAAUGUGGCUCGUCUGAACUUCUCUCAUGGAACCCAUGAGUACCACGCAGAGACCAUCAAGAACGUGCGUGCAGCCACGGAAAGCUUUGCUUCCGACCCCAUUCUCUACCGGCCGGUUGCCGUCGCCCUGGACACCAAGGGACCGGAGAUCCGAACGGGGCUCAUCAAGGGCAGCGGCACUGCGGAGGUGGAGCUGAAGAAAGGGGCCACGCUCAAGAUCACCCUGGACAAUGCCUACAUGGAAAAGUGCGACGAGAACAUUCUGUGGCUGGACUACAAGAACAUCUGCAAGGUGGUGGAAGUGGGCAGCAAGAUCUACGUGGACGACGGGCUUAUCUCUCUGCAGGUGAAGCAGAAAGGUGCUGACUUCCUGCUGACAGAGGUGGAGAACGGUGGCUCCUUGGGAAGCAAGAAGGGUGUGAACCUCCCUGGGGCCGCUGUGGACCUGCCUGCUGUGUCGGAAAAGGACGUCCAGGAUCUGAAAUUUGGGGUAGAGCAGGAUGUAGAUAUGGUGUUUGCAUCUUUCAUCCGCAAGGCAUCUGACGUCCACGAAGUCAGGAAGGUCCUGGGAGAGAAAGGGAAGAACAUCAAGAUAAUCAGCAAAAUUGAGAAUCACGAGGGAGUUCGGAGGUUUGAUGAGAUCCUGGAAGCCAGCGAUGGCAUCAUGGUGGCUCGUGGUGAUCUAGGCAUUGAGAUUCCUGCAGAGAAGGUCUUCCUUGCUCAGAAGAUGAUGAUCGGGCGGUGCAACCGCGCCGGAAAGCCCGUCAUCUGUGCGACGCAGAUGCUGGAGAGCAUGAUCAAGAAGCCCCGUCCCACCCGGGCUGAGGGCAGUGAUGUGGCCAAUGCGGUCUUGGAUGGAGCUGACUGCAUCAUGCUGUCCGGAGAGACAGCCAAAGGGGACUACCCGCUCGAGGCGGUGCGCAUGCAGCACCUGAUUGCCCGUGAGGCAGAGGCCGCCAUCUACCACUUGCAAUUAUUUGAGGAACUCCGCCGCCUGGCGCCCAUUACCAGCGACCCCACAGAAGCUGCCGCCGUGGGCGCCGUGGAGGCCUCCUUCAAGUGCUGCAGUGGGGCCAUAAUCGUCCUCACCAAGUCCGGCAGGUCUGCUCACCAGGUGGCUAGAUACCGCCCCCGUGCCCCCAUCAUUGCUGUGACCCGGAAUCACCAGACUGCUCGCCAGGCCCACCUGUACCGUGGCAUCUUCCCUGUGGUGUGUAAGGACCCAGUGCAGGAGGCCUGGGCUGAGGACGUGGACCUUCGGGUGAACUUGGCCAUGAAUGUUGGCAAGGCUCGAGGCUUCUUCAAGAAGGGCGAUGUGGUCAUUGUGCUGACUGGGUGGCGCCCCGGCUCCGGCUUCACCAACACCAUGCGAGUCGUGCCUGUGCCAUGAUGGGCCCCAGAGCCCCUCCUCCAGCCCCUGUCCCAUCCCCUUCCCCCACCCCAUCCAUUAGGCCAGCAAUGCUUGUAGUGCUCACUUGGGGUCUGUCACGUGGCGCUGGUGGGCUGGGAUGCCAGGGAAGCUGAAUGCCCCUGUAAAACAUGACUGUUUUUUAGGACCCUGUUCGGGUGAGGUGACCCAGAGCUGGGUUGCACAUCGUAUUAUCUCACCCAAGCAAGGGAUGAAGGAAGGGUGCAGGACUGGAAGCCCUGGAGCUUAACAUGGAGGGCAACAGCUCCUGCUUCUCCUCCUUUGCAUACUCCAUUCUGUUCCUGUAGAAAACAGAUGCUCAGAGAACUCCCAAUCCUGGCCUGGGGUCAAGAGACCACCAGCAAGAGUAGCAGCAUAGGGCAGUGGUUCCAGUUUAAGGAGACUGGCUCGGGCCCUUACUUGCUUCUCCACUCCCCUCCGUCUCCCCCCACUUCCGCCUUGUUGUGCGUUGUGCACGUCUGUUCCUACCCUGAGCUGUUGCUGCGGGCACACUCCACCCUCCAUUUUCCCCACUACUGCAGCCGCCUCCAGGCCCGUUGCUAUAGAGCCUACCUGUGUGUCAAUAAACAACAGCUGAAGCACCCAGUUCCUCUCUUUCCUGAUGGGGGUGGGGUGAGGGGUGAAACCCACCCUCCGAGUAGAGCGAAAACGGCAAGAACCUUGCACCUCCUGGUGGUCACUUCUGUGUGGUGACCCAGGCCACCCGCCCUCCUGUCCUCUGGGGGGUACAGAGGUGCUGGGAAAACAGGAGGAGAUGACUGUCUAGAGAUACGUACCCCUUCAGCACCCUGAGGAGGUGGUAGCUGGGUCUGUGAGCCUCAGCUGGGACAUUUUACUGGCUUAUUUGGACCAAAGAGGAGAGGGCAAGUGACAUGUCCCCUCCCUUCUGCUCUGGUGGGUUAGAUCGUCACCAGAUGUUCCUAGUAAGGGCACUGUAGGAGAACACCAGCUUCUGCUCAGAAUAUUUCUCUCUGGGCUCCCUUUGUGCCCCCCUGUCUGCCAGUACCCUCCCCCCUUCCAUGACAAAACAGGGCCAAGGGGUUCAGAGGUGUAGGAAGGGAACGGAAUCUGGCUUGCACCUUACUUCUCCGGACCCCUCAAGAAUCAAGCCCUACCUGGUGGGAGGAGGCACAGGUCUUGAAGGUCGGGUGGGCUCCAGGAAUAUAGGGCUUUGGCCUCAUUCUCAAGGCCCAGCAUAUUGUCUCAUCGGGCCACUCAGCUUUUUUGGCCAUCAGUCCCUCCUCAGGACCCAACUUGGAAAAAUGCGCAAAAGCAUUCCGCCUCCUGGGCUGUCCAACUUCCCGACUAUCCUGUUUAAAAUGUCCUGGUGUUCCCUAACUCCUGUCCUGUUGGUGCUGUGGGGAGAAGCUGAAACCUACCCUGGAGCUCAGAGUCAGGAGGCUUUGUCCUGGUCUCUAGUUUUCUUUGCAGAUUUCAUAGCUGUCUUUAGUUACUCUGCUUGGAUAGAAAAGUCACCAUUUACUGCAGCUUUCCUUGUUACCAUCAAAUAAAAAAAAUAAAAUCUUGA